GACCACCACACUAAUACUGGAAAAGCAGACGAGAGGAGGAAUAAACGGGGAUGUUCUCCUAUCAUGGUUGGACUGGGCGUAAAACCAGGCUUCCAUUUCUUAUUUUUACUAAUCUUUUGGGUAAAGUUUGCUGUUAGGAAAUCUGCACCAUAUGAAAGCUUCAGAAGUUUUCCAAAAGAAGAACUUAUUCCCCUUAACACAGCCUACAGAAAGGCGCUGGACAGCUACGCAGCAGGAAACUGGACCGAAUCCAUCCGGUACUUGGAGCUGAGUUUGCAUUUGCACAGACAUUUUAAGGAAAGUGUGAGGUAUUGUGUGAUCCGCUGCAACAGCAGCAGUCAUGAGGAGCCGCUUUUCACCGCAGCAGCCUUGGAUCUGGGGGCCCCUUUAAGCGUUCACUGGCACCUAAUGAGAAUGGCUUCCUGUCAGAAGAAAUGCAGAGCGCAUUUCCCAGUGCUGCAGCUGCCACCUCCCAGCAGGGAGAUCCUGGAGGAGUUCAGAAGAAGAUCUCCUUACAGAUACCUGCACUUUGCCCUUUCCAAGCUGAACGACCUGCAGAGGGCUGUGCCAUGUGCCCACACCUUCCUCCAGAGAAACCCAGAGGACCAGGAGAUGCUCCAGCUGAUGGAGGAGUACAAGAACGAGUACGACCUCAGCGGCUUCCUCAUCGACCAUGAAGAACGACUUUAUGAGCCUUCCUUUGUUAGUGCUGUGAAACUGCUCGACUCCGGCAACUACAACAGCAGCGUUAAACGCCUGGAGGAAGCAUUGAGGCUCUACCUGCAGGAGUUUGACCUCUGUCAGGCAGAAUGUGAGGGGAUCAAUCAUUUUUCAUCAGAAAUGGACUUCUACGAACUAUUAACAGAAGUUUACAUCGACUCGUUGAAGUGCCAGAUAAAGUGUGAGGAAAAUCUGAUGCCCAACGUUGGUGGUUACUAUGUAGAGAACUUUGUGUCCACUAUUUACCACUACCUCCAGUAUGCUUAUUACAAAUUGAAUGACGGCCGUAGAGCCGUGCCAUGUGCAUAUAGCUACUUCCUGUUCCAGCCAGAAGAUCCAGUAAUGAAGGACAACCUGCUGUAUUAUAAGGCCUACAGUCAACAAUGGGGUCUACAGUCGCAUCACUUCACACCAAGAACAGAGGCUGUCAGAUAUUACAACAAGACCAUCACUCAAAAACAGAUGUUGACAUUUAUAGGGAAGUACUUGGAGACGAAUGAUGAGGAUUUCUGUGAACCAGAAGAAAAUGCAGAUAUUUCCUCUGAAUCUCCUGAUGCAGAGUUUGAAGGCGUGGGAGACUAUGAGGAGUCCAUCUUUGCAAGCUGGACGCAGAUAAAAGGAAAAGGAGAUGCAGGAGAGGCUGAAAACUGAAGAAGUGAGGAGUGGUCGCAGUAUUUCCUCUUAUUAUGAUCUUUUAUUCUUCUUAAAGGGAAUUUCAGAAUAUAUUAUUUUAUUAGAUACUACCUAAUACGUGUACUUCAGCAACACACAAUUUAAGCAGAAAGGAGUUUAUUUUUGCUUUGCUUCCAAUUACAUAGACAUUAUUGUACUCGUUUGCUGAUGUCUUUUCAUUUUAAGUUCUAUAAAUAAUUUUAUCUCCAGCCCUUGGAAGAUGGACGACAUUUUGAACAGAAAAGAGGACAAAAGAGAAAGUAGAACACCUAAAAAAAAUAUUGAUUAAUAUGAUUUAGAAAUAGGAAAAUAAGUGCUUAGUUAAAGCAUUAUAAUGUGGUCUUUUAAUGUAUUUCACAUUUUGUAUUUUUAGAGCUUCAACAAUAAAAAGGGAAAAAAAAUAUCAGAUUUUGUGACC